AUGUUGACGAGUGAUUGCGUUCAGAUCAUCAAGUCGAGCGUGGCGAUUUUGCUUUUGCGACUCUGCGGCGGGGACGCGUUUGAAGAAUGCAAAUCCCGAAUCGCGAUGCUCACAGAUGCCUUCGGGACCAACACGGCGUACCGAUUAAUUCAUGACAAGCAAUCUCCUAUUUCGUGGAUACCUCAAGAUUGUCAACCUCUUCACUUAUGGAUGUACAUACGACACGGGACUAGGUUUCCGAAGGAGCAGAAAAUUGUUCGAUACCGUCGCCGGUUAGAAGAACUGCGCCAGUGGAGCAUCGACGUGGGAAACGGUGGAAAGUUGUGUCCUUCGGAAUUGGAAUACAUGAAGAAUUGGACAUUCUUUGACCUCCAUCCGUCUGUGGGUCACCAUUUGGCCGCGGAAGGAGAGCGUGAAAUGGAGUCCCUCGGAAAGCGAAUCCGAGCCGCGUUUUCCGACUUUGAGGUCGAAGAUUCACAGUUUCAUGCAACCCCGACGCAAAGAGCCGUGAAAAGCGGGGAAUUUUUCAUGAUGGGUUUUCUUGGCAGUGAGGAAGCGAGUGGCAAGCGGAUUCAUGUCGUGACCGAAGGCGAUGAAGUUUUACGGCCUUACAAAACAUGUCAGUAUUGGAUUGACAACGUGAAGCAUGAACCGUCUAGCAAGGCUGAGUACGAGCGUUUCUUGAAAAGUGAACCUGUUGAGAGAAUUCGUCGGAACUUCGUCGAGCUAUUCGGAAUUCCAGACGAAAUUGUGACGCCUGAAGAUGUGAUCCUUGCCCACAACGUGUGUGGAUUCGAAACUGCCUGGAACUUCACGGGGAACGCGUCCGUGUGGUGUGCGCCCUUCAGUUCGCAAGCAGACUUGAAUGCGAUGGAGUACCUUGAAGACUUGGACCGCUGGCACGUUCAUGCACAUGGCAACAAGAUAAACUCUAUGCUGGCGUGCGAAACUGCGAAGAACAUCGUGGACAGUUUCCGUGCUUCGGCGCUCGAUCGCACCUUCAAGGCAAAAUUUCAUUUCACGCACUGCGGCGCCUUGCAAAAGUUGAUCACGCGAUUAAGACUGUUUAAAGACGAUCACGUGCUCAAGGCGGGCGAUUAUCCCGGCGAGAUAGCCGAGAACCGGAUUUGGCGCGGUUCGAAAACGACGCCAUUUGGUGCAAAUAUCGCAUUGGUUUUGUACAACUGCGCGGGCAGUUUGAAAGUUGGCGUGUAUGCCAACGAACAGCAGAUGCGGGUGCCAUUUUGUUCGUCAGGGUUGUGCGAUCUCGAAGAGUUCUCGAUGCAUUUUGCGAAGGGCUACUGUCAUAUCCAGUCGUUGUGUGGAAGCAAUUCAGCACUGGCGUACGCUGUGGCUGCGUUCGUUGUUGGAUGCACGAUGUUUGUCGCUGUGAACUCUAUGUGGUCUCGCGAUAGGGGGUUGAAGAAGGAACUUUGAGUUUUUCUGGUGGAUUCCAGCAGCUUGACAGAACAAAUUGGAAAAAAUGAGGAUUGCCGUUUAAUCAAUCCACUCGAGAUGAUCGGUAGCUUCGAUGACAAGAAAAAAUGACGAGAUUGCGGUUUUCGUUCAAUCAAUCCACCACGGAUGACCGUAGUUCGGAUGAUCGUGAUUCCCCUGGAACUGAUACGAUGGGCUGUGACAAUUCUCAAGCAAGAGACUCCGUUUCUGUUUUUGUUUCUUUUGACGAAACGGUUGUCGCGUAUUUCUGACUCGGGUGCUCAAUGAAAUGACUUUCGUACUGCAUUUCAACCACUGCAGAAAGGCAGAAUUCUCGUGCUGUUGAAAUCAUGCCAGCCGGUUUACAGAGUGAAUUUUAGUGCGGAAGGAAGCUUUUUUUGUUUUUGGUGCUGUUCUGGUGCGCGAUCUACCGCUUAGUCGCUUCUUGGUAUCCGAAAAACUCGUAUGUGAAUCAAUUUUUUGCUUCAUCUUAUUUGUUUUUUGUAGUGAAUGUUAUUACGGUGAUGCAUUAUUUCGUUACCCUGAUUUACUUCGUUCCACUGCAAACAUUCCUAAUUGGUCCUCAUUUAAAUGGCACUUCCUGUGAAUCUCUUGAGCUGUAUGAUUGUAUCAAAGGGAAUGACAUUUUGAAGAAAUAGCUGAGAAAGAAAAGGUGCAAAUCUGGUUUUCUGGACGGAUUCAGUCUUCGUAUAUUCUUAGUUGGUGGAUUGCCUACCAGCGCAGCAUUUUCUAUUUUAGCAAAGCUGACUCACGGACGUCAUCUUUUCUCGGAACAAUGUUGUUGACACUGGAAUUAUCAAUUGUUUCUCUUCGUCGGGAUGGUUUGUUUGAAAUGAAAUAUUCUGCAUCUUCCGAAUAA